UUCGUUUUGUGCUAGUGCACAUUUACAUUUUUAUGAGCAAAUGUACAAUGAAUCAUUUGAGGAAGAAACUUUAGUGUAACAGGUCUUUCUGCUUUAAAAAUUCCCCUAAUUUUCAGAUACCUUGUUUGAAAUUUUCUUCUUGUCUGGUGAUUUGUCAUCCAAGUAAAUGACAGUUGGCCAGUGUUACCAUGAGUGACCCAGCACAUCCUCCACCUCAAGCAACCGAGGGGCCUCCACCCCCCUACCCAGAGUAUAAGUCGCCUGAUGGCAGCUACCCCCCGCAAGGCCAGCCAGGUUACCCUCCCCAGGGUCAGCCGGGCUAUCCCCCGCAGGGCCAACCUGGUUACCCACCCCAGGGCCAGCCGGGAUACCUGCCCCAGGGCCAGCCCGGUUACCCGCCCCAGGGCCAGCCAAUGCACACCACUGCUGUGGUGACUGCCCAGCCUGCUGUCACCACCAUCAUUCAGCAGACGUUCCGGGAGUUCCCCGUCCAGUGCCAGUGUCCUAACUGCCACAACUCCGUGACCUCACAGGUGACCUACGUCACAGGGACCUUGGCCUGGCUCCUCUGCUUGAUCAUGUUUUUCUUUGGGUUGUGGAUCUGUUGCUUCAUCCCAUUCUGCAUCGACAGCUGCCAGGAUGCCAUCCACACAUGCCCAGUCUGCAAGUACCAGCUUGCCACCUUCACUCGCAUGUAGACGCUCGGAAUGAGUUUGUAAGAUCAGAAGACAGAAUCACAUCCUUCUUAAUUCCUGUCCUUUCUUCCCAUCCCUUCCCCUGCCCCCUUCCCCUGCCCCCUCCCCCUUUCCCCAGUGUAUCUCCGGGAUGAAGGUGGCUGUCAAGAAUUGAAGACAUGCAAACAGUUUAAAAAAUCAUAGUGCCACCUUUCUUUGAAAGGGGAGGUUUCUGUUAGAGAUGGAAAAACAAAUUUGAUAGUUGGGUCAAAAAACUUGUCACUUUGCCCCACCCCCUUUGAUGACACCCCCUACAUGGUCUAGCAUCUCGGAUAUGCAGAAGCAUAUUAGUUAGUGGUGUUUGAUCGUUUUAUUUGCCCUGCUGAGCCAUCUUUGCAGCCAGCCAGUGUCUACCCUCUCAAGCUCCUCAGACUUGUUGUGGGAAGAGACUUUUCGAAAGGGUUAACCUUAAGAACUAUGGUAAUUUUUGAUAGAGUUUUGACUGUACCGCAGCCUGAUGCUAGUCCCCUGCCCAGAGCUUCCAGCCAAAGUCCUGUUCUCGAUCUCUUUGGUUAGUUGGCUUUCUGUUCGCUAGAGAUUGGAUUUGUGUCAUACCAUUUUGUUACCGUAUACAGUUACGAAAAUAACUUGCUUGCAGUACUAUUUGAGGGAGGUUUCUCCCUCAUGACACUCCUCCAAUUAUAGAUGAGCUUUUUAAGUAUGCCAUUUGUGAGGAAGAUCUGACUUGACCAGAUCCUUGAUCUUUGACCAACCUAAAGACAUCAGCUGAGUGGAUUUCUAAAGCCGCCACCAAUGUCAGCUGCCCGGAAGAUGGCCUCAGAAAAUAUGUAACAGAAGUCUAGUUCCCUGUCCGGUUUUUUCAUUACUGCUUAUUAUACAUCCGAGAACCAUCGGUCAUCGGCAGAAACGUCACCCUCUAUGAGUACCCUGUAGGUAGUUGUAAACGCAUGUUGACACUGCAAGAGUUCUCCAGCAGGGUGUCCCCCACCCUGCUGCUGGGUUACGCUCUGCACCAUGCAUUUAACCAGAGAGAAGUUGGGAGGCAUUCACUUGGGUGCAAGAAAUGUCUUUUUUUCAUUUUCACUAGUAACUGGCUAUUGAAAAGUUGCACCUUGUUUCACAGGGGUUUUUUUUUUGGGGGGGGAAUUUGCAAAGGCUUUUGGCUGUAAAACUAACUGGUAUCCUUUCAUUCUGGCGUUCACAGCCCUUAGCAAAUGUAUGAUCAAUAAAUAAGGUACAUUUGCACAUCUCCCUUGGUUCUCCAUUUGGUGAGUUUUUGAUUUUCACUUAGUCACCACUGUGUUCUAUAAUAACACCUGUUCCCUUGCAAAAAAAACAACAGGAUGACCAUCCUCUAUAUGGUCAUCCUCUGUUGUUAGCAAGGUAACACAUUACAAAAUCUUGCUUAUUGGCAUGUACAAAGCUGAAUGUAUUUGCAUGCACUUGUAUAAUACUAAAUCACUUAAGUCUGAAUAUUUGCAUAUUUCACAAACAAUACUACGCAGCUAAUUGUCUGUAUAAGGAGAUCACGAAAAAAAUUGUUAUUGGGGAACACUAGGAACGUUGGUUUUGUUUUUCUGAUAAAUUUCAAUAUUUACAAAAGGAAGGGGAUAGUCAUCUAUGGAAAAUUCUCUGUUCUUUUUCCUCCUUAUUUUAAGAAGUGUAUAUAGAAAAUCAAUCAUACCAGAGCUGGUGAAUAGGGAGUACUUGAGCAACUAAAAACAAAAUGUGGGGAAAAAUGAAAUUUAGGGGCUUCUUCGUUAGACAUCACAUCAACGGUUGCUUUUAUUUGGUCGGCAGGUUGUAGCUAGCUUAUAAAAAAGAGAGUCCAGAUGAAAUCUUGCAAUUUUAAGAUUUAACUAAUAACUUUACUGUAGUUUAGUGCAUUAAAGAACAUGCUAUUGUGAUCAUUGUGCUGGUAUUUUUAUGGUCGAGUAGUGGUAUACUGUCAAUGGUCAACCAGCAAUCUGACACGAAAGGUUCAAGAUUUGUUACACAUUUAAAGGUUGCUUUGGAACUUUUUAGUGUUUAUUUUUUUCAGCGUCGUCAUUGUCUAAUUGUAAACCAGGUACUGUGCUUAGUUAUUGAUAAAGAAUUAUGUAUUCCCGUGGUGAUUUGGACACGUAUUUAAACAGGAAAGGGUAUUGGGGUUGAUUGUUCGGAUUAGUUGCAGAAUGUAAAACUUCAUAGAGAAAAUCAGCCAGGCUUGAGCAUGGAAUUUCCAAACACGAUGCGGUUCGUUCAAAUCAGUGCAGGUCAGUUUGAAUCACUUGGCACUGAGUUACUCUUGAAGCCGCUCAGUGAAAUGUGAACAUGAUGGGAUACUCUCGCCGUCCUGAGAUAAUAACCAGCCGAGUGUAGUAGACUCCUUGAUAUCGGAAGUGUUGCACUUUGUGGACACGUGGAGGCCCUUGCAAAAUACCACCCAGACCCUUACCUGAGUUAAGCAGUUUUCUUUCUUUUAUUUUCUUUUCUUAACACUAACCAGAAGCCAAAUUCAUACUUGUUCAAGAGACAAAUGCCAGAAUUGUGAGGGUUUCACCCUUUGGAAUCAUUUGAAGCAAGAUAUGGGACAAUGAGAAUCGGAAUCUCAGGUAUACUUUUCAGACAUCUAGUGGGGAUGUGUUAGAUAACAGUGGUCUAGAGAGUCUGUGGGGUUUGGACAGGGGAUACCCCUCCAUCCUGUAUCUUGCCAGGUAUAUGUCUAUUGUGCCUACAUGUA